AUGAAUGCUAAUCCAUUGAAUGCCAAUAUUGAUUACCGUUCACUUCCUUAGGGAAAUUAUCCAGCUCGAAAUAUUGAUAGAAAUACAACAUAGCAAUCACCUUAAAGACAUCCAAAAAGAGAAUUUGAUUAUCGAUUAAUUCAGCCUAAAAUUUAAAAUCUCAAUGCCUCUUCUCACUCUUUGUCAAGACUUCGAUCAGACACUCCUAUUACAAUUCGAGGAUAAAACUAUCGCUAUGUUGGUUAAAUGAAUGGAAAUUAGAAGGAAGGAAUUGGUUCAUACUUUACAAAUGAGCUUGAAUAUGAGGGAGAAUGGCGAAAUAAUGUUUAUCAUGGAUUUGGAAAAUUUUAUUAAGAAGGCAAGUUAUCCUAUCAAGGAUAAUUCGUAAAUGGAUUGAAAAAUGGAGCUGGGAUUGAAUAUUAUGAGAAUGACUCUUAUUUUGUUGGCAAUUUUGAGAAGAAUCAAAAAAAUGGGAUUGGAACUCUUUAUAAAAAAAAUGACUAAGUAUCUGGGAUAUGGCAUAAUGAUAAACUAGUCGAGAAAUAUUGA